UCUUCGUCCACCUGUUUGCACUAUGUCCAGCGGACUCCUGAAGGCGUUGCGCAGCGACUCCUACGUAGAACUGAGCCACUACCGGGACCAGCACUUCUGGGGUGACAUUGAAGAACAAGAAAAAUUACUAAAGAAAAGCUGUACACUGUAUGUUGGAAAUCUUUCCUUUUACACCACUGAAGAACAAAUCUAUGAACUCUUCAGCAAAAGUGGUGACAUAAAGAAAAUCAUUAUGGGUCUGGAUAAAGUGAAGAAAACAGCAUGUGGAUUUUGUUUUGUGGAGUAUCCUUUCUGUAUGGGUAAUAUUGUGGAAGCCAGUAACAUUUACAUUCUGGUCUGUAACCUAAGCUUUGUUUAUGGUUGA